CUAAGAGUGACUUGGGUCUUCCAGGUGGGACCCAAGUGCGGUGGUGGGGCAGGGGCUAGCAACUCCGGUGGCUACCAUGGUGUACAGCGGUUUCACGGUGCCUCUGAUCGUGAUGAGCAUGUUCUGGAGCAUCGUCGGUCUCCUGGUGCCCUGGUUCACCCCUAAGGGUCCCAACCGGGGAGUUAAUCACCAUGUGGUGACCUGUUCAAUUUGCUGCUCUCUCUUUUGGCUGAUUGCAAUUCUGGCCCAACUCAACCCUCUCUUUGGACCACAGUUGAAAAACGAAGCCAUCUGGUAUCUCAAGUAUCACUGGCCUUGAGGAAGAAGACCUGUUGCCCAGUGCUCAGCCAUCAAGCCAUCAAUCGAGAAUUCCUCUAUAUGUGCAGUCACCUCCACACCUGGGCCACCUUCCUUUGCUCGCUUGCUCUGGCCAUCAGCUGCCUUAAACACGCACACCACAGUUGGCCAUCUUAUUCUCCAGUGCAGUAUUUUCCUGUUAGCUUUUUUACACUUUGAUGAAUUAUAUGCCUCCUUAAUCUAAACUGUGCUGACGCCAUCAAAUGUUUAGGCACUCCUCUGAGACAGAAGGUGCUCUUCUGGGAAACACGGCACUCUCCUUGGGACCUGUGGAUCUGAAGAUGGCUCCUGCCUGCUUGUGACAUGGGAAGAAGCAGUGACGUGCUUAAAAGCUGUCAUGAGACAGUAAGACUCCAGUGCGGCAGCCGGUAGCAGAACAUGUUCAA